AUGGACCCAAAUAUGCGCAAGGCUAUCACUCCUCAGGAAAGGUUGAUGAUAACGUUGCGAUAUCUGGCAACCGGCGAAACAUUCACUAGCCUCCAAUAUUUAUUCCGGGUUUCGCGGCACUCGAUAGGUAACAUUGUAAAGGAGGUGUGCACUUGCAUAAAUAACGAGCUUCGCGAUUAUGUAAAGUUACCCUCCACCCAAGAAGAAUGGCUGGCAAUUUCAAAGAAAUUUGAAGAACGUUGGAAUUUUCCCCAUGCAAUAGGUGCUAUUGAUGAAAAACAUGUUCGUAUUGUUGCUCCCCGAGAUAGCGGCUCAGAAUACUUUAACUACAAGCGCAUCGUACUCCUGAUAGUAGUCGAUGCUGACUAUAAUUUUAUAAACGCAGACGCUGGGGGCAAGGGUAGGAUAUCCGACGGAGGAAACACACGGCUGUACCAGAGGUUGGAAAACAAACAGCUUAACAUGCCACCUCCAGAACCGUUGCGGGCUCGGUUUCAUUUUCUGGUGGAGUAA